AUGGGUUCAAUAGAGGCGAACAGAGAAGACCAGGCUGCCGCUUUUUCAUGGUGGUGGGAUAGCCAUAAUCAUCCCCAUCAAUCUCAGUGGCUUGAAGCUACUCUCUCAGAUUUGAACGAGAAGACUAAGCUCAUGCUAAAUAUUAUAGAAGAAGAUGGAGAUUCAUUUGCAAAGAGGGCUGAGAUGUUCUACAAAAGAAAACCUACGCUGAUAAACUUGCUAGAAGACUUCUACAAGUCGCACCGUUCGCUCGCUGAGAAGUAUGAUCAGCUUAGGUCUGAACUAAUUCAAGCCUCCCAUCUGAGAUCAUUUUCUUCCUUACACUCCUUGAAAGUCCAAACCAUCCACAAGUGUGAAAAGGAAGUCAAGGCUUUGAAGACACAGGUUGAGACAGACCAAGAAUCCUAUGAAGAAUCCGAUGGUGAGAAAAUGUGGGACGAAAAGAUCUCAGAACUCAUAGAUGAAAAUAUUCAGCAGCAGGCUGAGUUGAUAAGGAGAAACAAGUACCAGAAUGAAACAAUUCAGAAGCUGAGGGAUGAGAACAAAAGGUUGAAGAGUCCUCUCGCAGGGCAUAAGGCCGAUGAUCUCAAAAGGCAAAACCAAUCUCAGUUUUCAUUGUCCAAGUCCAAAGGGCCUUCUUUCCUUGGAAGGCUCACUGGAUGCACUGGCUCUUGA